AUGCGGCUUUGGUUCCUCUGUGCUGUCGCCUUGGGAUCCUUGGGAUCCUGUCACCGGGAUGACGAUGGCGAUGGCACUGAUGGCACUGGGCUGUUGCAGAUCGAUGAGAAGACACAGAAAGCCAGGAAGUCGGCUCCGGGGGCUGUGAUUUUCUACAACCUCUUCAUCAAAACAAAGAAGGAUAUCCCAAGGGUCAGAAAGAUUGUUCAUGAGCAGCUGAACUUGGUGGAUCAUCCCCUGGACAAAGAAAUUCGCAUCAAUUCCAUAGGGGCUUUGAAGGACCUUUCACGUCUGAAGUUGUCCAAACAGCUGGCAGAAAGAACAAAGCUCAUCGCCCACUAUGAUCAAGGCUUUGAGGAGUUGACCUUACACGACCUUUGGUCCUUCUGUAAGCACAAUGGCACAGACCCAGAGCAGUUGGUGGUGUAUUUGCACUCCAAGGGUUCCUUUCACAAAUGGAAGGGCCAAGCUGCCACUGAUCGCUACUACUUGACCUCGGGGGCUCUUUCGAAGGAGUGCAUGCACAUGCCAAAGACAUGCAACGUGUGUUCGAGCCGAAUGACGCCUGUGCCGCACCCGCACACCCCCGGCAACAUGUGGGCAGCACGUUGCGGAUACAUUGCCAAACUCAUCGAUCCCAAAAAAUUCCGCGAGAAGAUGGACAGCGACUUCCUCGGCCGCCACAAUGGAGCGCCCUGGUGUGUUGGCCGUGGCCGCUUUUCCGAUGAGCACUGGGUGAAUUCGCAUCCGGAGACUGCACCCUGCGAUUUGGACACCAACCAGAGCUUCGUUUCUGGACACCCUAUGACCCGCACCUUCGAGAAGGAAUUGAAGAAGGCUCCUCGCUUUCCGAUCGCCACCUACCACGUGUCAUGGGGCGAAUGCCCCGGGAAGGGUGAAAGUCUGACGGCUCGUUUGGCGGAGUAUCGAUAUCUCUACAGCCAGGAGCCGCCCAAAGAAUGGUGGGGUUGGAGGAGCUUCUUGCAGGAAUCGAAAUAG